AACAAGUGUCCCUCACUCCAAUUUUCUCAAAACCAUAAUUAAAUAUACCUAAACCCAAAAGUCCCUUUUACAUAUACAUACUUUACAUUUUCAUAUGUACCUAACAACUUAAGAAAUCCUUUACUUUCCUCAUUUUCUUCUAAUCCUUACACAAUUCUCACAUCAAUUCCCAUCAAAACAAUCAUGGAUCCUCAAAGUAAAAUUCCGCUAAGAAUUCUCAAUUUGAUCUUACUACUUGUGUGUGUUACUCUUCCAAUUAAUGCUAUGGAAUCAAGAAAGCUUGUUGAGAAGUGCACACCAUGUGGUGACACUCCAAUAUAUUCACCACCUCCAAUAAUAUACAAUUCACCACCACCACCAAUUGUGUAUCCAUCACCACCACCACCAUCUCCGUCACCGCCGCCAAUAGUAUACUAUUCACCACCACCACCUUCACCUAAGAAACCUCCCUCGGCAAAUUGUCCUCCACCACCAUCAUCACCAUCAUCAUCAUCAUCACCAUAUGUAUACAUGACUGGACCGCCGGGGAACCUGUAUCCAGUUGAUGUGAAUUUCAGUGGAUCAGGAGCAACCCCCAACGGCCGCGCGAGUUUUGCUGGAUUCUUGCCACUUUUGGUUUGUUUGUUGAGCCUUCUAGUCCUUUGAUGAUUAGUUUGAGGUUGAAGUACUCAAAAAAUGAGUAGAAGAGAAUACAUAUAUAUAAGGUAAGAGGCAAGAAAAGCUAGUGCUCAAAAUUUAGUGUUUAACAUGUUCCAUAUGCUUUGGUUAAAUAUGUGAUCCCAAUUUGUUGAUCAUACAAUGUUUAUUUUCAUUUCUACGUAUAGUAUCUUUGAUCCAAUAAAUCUUAUGUACCAUAGAGAAAGUAAUAAAUUUAUGUAAGUCUUUUUUUAUGACAUUUGCAAUCUUUUCUUGAGUUUGUCUGUAAAUUUUGAUUAAGAUUAUGUGCAGAUUAAUUCUGGUUGAACUAAAUAUCAACUGUUGGAUUGAUUGUUCAUGUGCAUCCAAUUCAAUCAAAUCAGUUUGAUCGA